CCCUCCCUGCUUUUUCCCUCCCUCUCCCCGGCAGCCGCCGAGCCGGUCCCUCCGACCUGGCAGCCUCAUGCUGGGGUCCGCUGCCGGCUGGGGCUGACCGCGGCCGCCCUGCCCUGCCCGGCCCUGCCCGCCCCCCCGGCCCGGCACCCCUCGCCCAGGGCUCCCGGGCACCGCCGCCGCCCCGACGAUAAAAAGUUGUGCGGAGCGCCGAGGAUGGGCGCGCAUCUGCAGCCUCUAGCCCUGCGGCUCCUGGCGUUGACUUUCCCCUUGGUGGCCAAGGGGUUUUCUGACGAAACCUUGGAGAAAGCCGCGAAAUCCGAGGGAUAUUGCAGCCGGAUCCUGCGAGCCCAAGGCACCCGGAGGGAAGGGUAUAAUGAAUUUAGCCUCAGGGUGGAGGGCGAUCCAGAAUUUUACAAGCCUGGGAACAGUUACCGGGUGACACUUUCUGCUGCCACUCCUGCUUACUUCCGAGGAUUCACAUUGAUUGCUCUCAAGGAAGGAAAAGAAGGUGACAAAGAAGAUGACCAUGCAGGAACUUUUCAGAUCAUAGAUGAAGAAGAAACACAGUUCAUGAGUAAUUGUCCUGUUGCUGUUACUGAGAGCACACCUAGAAGAAGGACACGCAUUCAAGUGUUUUGGACAGCCCCUCCUACUGGUACAGGCUGUGUAAUUCUAAAAGCCAGUAUUGUGCAGAAGCGCAUAAUUUAUUUUCAAGAUGAGGGUUCUCUCACCAAAAGAAUUUGUGAACAAGACUCGGCCUCAGAAGGUGUGACAGACAAACCAAUUUUAGAUUGUUGUGCCUGUGGAACUGCCAAGUACAGGCUAACUUUUUAUGGGAACUGGUCAGAAAAAACUCAUCCCAAAGAUUUUCCACGACGCACCAACCAUUGGUCUGCAAUCAUUGGUAGUUCUCACUCGAAGAACUACAUCCUUUGGGAGUAUGGAGGAUAUGCUAGUGAAGGUGUCAAACAAGUUGCAGAGUUGGGGUCCCCAGUAAAGAUGGAAGAAGAAAUCCGACAGCAAAGUGAUGAGGUUUUAACAGUCAUCAAGGCAAAAGCACAGUGGCCUGCCUGGCAACCUCUGAAUGUGAGAGCUGCUCCCUCUGCUGAGUUUUCUGUCGAUCGUCACCGGCACCUGAUGUCCUUCCUCACCAUGCUCGGCCCCAGCCCGGACUGGAAUGUAGGUCUCUCUGCUGAAGACCUCUGUACCAAGGACUGUGGCUGGGUUCAGAAAGUCGUUCAGGAUUUAAUACCCUGGGAUGCUGGCACAGACAGUGGUGUUACUUAUGAGUCUCCUAAUAAACCUACAGUGCCUCAAGAGAAGAUCAGGCCGCUUACAAGCUUAGAUCAUCCUCAAAGUCCAUUUUACGAUCCAGAAGGAGGAUCUAUCAAGCUGGUAGCCAGAGUUGUCAUUGAAAGAAUUGCACGCAAGGGGGAGCAAUGCAAUAUUGUACCUGAUAACAUAGAUGAUAUUGUGGCAGACCUAGCACCAGAGGAGAAAGAAGAAGAUGACACCCCUGAGACCUGCAUAUAUUCAAACUGGUCCCCAUGGUCAGCCUGCAGCUCUUCUACCUGUGAAAAGGGCAAGAGGAUGAGGCAGAGAAUGCUUAAAGCUCAGCUGGACCUCAGUGUGCCCUGUCCAGAUACCCAAGAUUUUCAGCCAUGCAUGGGUCCAGGCUGCAGUGAUGAAGAUGGUUCCACUUGCAUGAUGUCUGACUGGAUUACGUGGUCCCCCUGUAGUGUUUCCUGUGGGAUGGGAACGCGAUCUAGAGAGAGAUAUGUAAAACAAUUCCCUGAAGAUGGCUCUAUGUGCAAAGUGCCUACUGAAGAGACUGAGAAAUGUAUUGUAAAUGAGGAAUGUUCCCCUAGCAGCUGCCUUGUCACUGAAUGGGGAGAGUGGGAUGAAUGCAGUGCUAGCUGUGGCAUGGGUAUGAAAAGAAGACACAGAAUGAUCAAGAUGACUCCUGCUGAUGGAUCCAUGUGCAAGGCAGAAACUACAGAGGCAGAGAAAUGCAUGAUGCCUGAAUGCCAUACCAUCCCCUGCCUACUCUCUCCUUGGUCGGAAUGGAGUGACUGCAGUGUAACAUGUGGGAAGGGAAUGCGAACCCGGCAAAGGAUGCUGAAAUCUGCUGCUGAGCUUGGAGACUGCAACGAGGAGCUGGAACAAGCAGAAAAAUGCAUGCUCCCAGAAUGCCCCAUCGACUGUGAACUAACGGAGUGGUCCCAGUGGUCCGAAUGCAAUACCUCAUGUGGGAAAGGCCAUAUGAUCCGAACAAGAAUGAUUAAAAUAGAACCACAGUUUGGAGGAACAGCAUGCCCAGAAACUGUCCAACGUACAAAAUGUCGAGUAAGGAAAUGCCUGAGAGGUCCAGGUAUGGAAAAAAGACGCUGGAAAGAGGCCCGGGAGAAAAGAAGAAGUGAACAAGCGAAAAAAAAUAUAGAUAGUGAGCAAUAUCCAGUUUGUAGGCUGAAGCCAUGGACUGCUUGGACAGAAUGUUCUACACUCUGUGGAGGUGGAAUUCAGGAACGCUACAUGAUGGUAAAGAAGAGGUCCAAAAGUACUCAGUUUACUAGCUGCAAAGACAAAAAGGAGCUAAGAGCAUGUAAUGUUCAUCCUUGUUAACAAAACACAUGGCUUCCAAGUGAUGCACUCUGAGCUAAAUGGAAAGUCAACCUUGGUUUGGUUUUUAAAACAAAAAAAAAUAUAAAGUGUAUAUUAGUUUUCAUUUUUUGCAGUGUGGUUUGCUUUUUAGUCUUGCUGGUGCAAGAGAUAUAUUUUAUAAAUAUUUCCUCACAGAUUUAUGCUGAGAGUAAAUCUUUGGUACUCCAGCCAGCCCUUAAUGCAUAAAAAUAGUUCAUCAUUAUGAGUCAUUUACCUAAAAUACAGACAUAACUGUGGACAUGGAAUAGCCAUAUAGAAAUACUGCUUGUAAAGACAUGGGAUGCAUGCAUGCUAACAUAACCAAGUGACGUUUCUUAUGUGGGAGGAGUUGUCUCUCAAUUUGAUUUUGAAAAUCCAAAGCAGUGCCUACGUGAUUAUACAACUAUGCCAAGGAGUAAUUUCAGUAAUGCUGGUUCAAUAAUAUUAAAGGUGCAUGUUUAUCUUUUUACAUUAUUGGGUUAAGCUGAUAGUUAGAAUAAUUAUCCUAUAUACUUUUCUUCACAUGGAUGUUAUGGUCCAUGCGACACAGUCUUUGUUUCUUUAAAACUUAAAAAAGGAAAUGAUUUGUGCAGCUCAAUAGCGAUGCCUGCCCACUACAUAGUCACAGUCAAAACAGCACACAAAGAAAACACAUGAAUGUCAUAACUAGAUGCCAUAUUCUUAUAUUGGGUCUAUCCACUGCAUCUCAAAAUGGAUACAGAACUAAUAGAAAUUGGUCCAAACAGAGAGUCGUAACAGAUGUGUCACGGAAAGGCAUCCACAUGAGACACACAAAAAUAUUAGAUCCAGUUUUGUGAGGUUGUUAAUCAUAGGUGAAGAGAGAAAGAGGUUUAUAAUAUAAUAAAGAGAGAAAGUAGAGAAAAGGUGAGCCAGGUUCUCAUGCAUCUUGUAUAACAAAGGGAAGGAAGCCUCUGAAAUGAAACGACAGCCUCUUAAAAUAUUAAUUGCAGAUUGACACAAGAAUGUAUUUACAGGAACGUCAUUUAUGGUUUUUUACUCAGAGCAUAGGAGGAUCUAAAAAUUACUAAGUUUGUGAGAAUUACUCAUUUGUGGAUAUACCAGCCAGGAUAAAUGUCUUCCCUGACCACUUGAGUGAUCAACAAACCACCUGAGAUUAGAAGAAAGCUCCUCACCAUUCUAAUUGCUUUUGCUAUUUUACACCAUCUCCUGCAGAGUUUAGCUCUUGUCCCUACACAUAACCAGGUGUAGGACCAGCGAGACCUUGGGCUUCACUUGCUAUUGGAAUAAAAUACUGUCCUGUAAGUGUAACAAGUUAACACUAAAGAUGAGAGAUGAAGGGGAUGGGUUCCAGGAAAGGCAGCAUACACCUAUGUCUCUACAUAAGUAAUAACUGCACUGAAAACAGAGACUGUUGAUGGUGACUCUUAAAACAAGCUUGAGAGAAAUGAAUGGAGAAAAAAAUGUUUUAUAGUGUCUUUAAACCAGCCUUAAGUAAUUCACUUACUUGCUUAACGCUUGGUCACAAUCCUGAAACCUGACAGCUGGGUUUUACUGUCUGCAUUUGGUGUGAACCACAACCCACUGAGGUCGUUCAACUUCACCAUCACUACCCUGGGAAAUCCCCUCAUUACCUCCCUGAACCUGAACGGGUUAGACAGGCUGGUUGCAUUACACUGUAGGGCUUUUCAUCAUUUCUCCACCCAACACUGCAAGGGCUGCUCAGGACUUCCAUAGCUGUCGCAUCCCACCCCCCCUCAAGGUAUUUUACUCCUUUUUUUAGAUCGGGAAUGAAGGGCAGGCCCAAGAAAUAAUGGAACCAACUGCAGUGUUAAGCCUGUCCUGCCGCUGCUAAAUGAAACGGGUGCAAGCCCACAGUGAACCAAACCAGGAGAAAAAGGAAUAUUACAAAGUUUAAUGCUAAAACCAAACCUUUUACAUUUUGUACAGCUUAGCUCAUUUAAUAAUAUUAAUUCAGAUAGUUUGCCUCCUUCUGACUGUUGAAAAAUGCUGCAGUUUAUAUCUCUAUAGCACUGUCAUUACAGUGUAGCAGCAAGACUGUCCCUAAGUAACGUGUUUAUGACUUUAUCUUGCCCUUUUAUAAGCAAAAAAAAAAAAAUCCCAACCAAAAAAGCAGCGCAGUGAUAUAGAUACUGGAGGAGUGACCAGCUGAGCAUAGAAGCAGAUGGUUGUAGAGAAGGGCUACAGUGAUUAGUGCCAGGUGCUCAGCCAGGGCAGAGCUAUGUAUGCAAUCAAGACCUGCACAGCAUGACAGAGGCUAUCCCAGCUGAGGCUAAUAAUUCAAAAAGUAACCUUUGACUAUGAAAUAUGUGACAGAAUGGUUUUUGUAGGCUUGGAUCUGUGAGAGCUUGGGGCAGAGGGAGCAGAAGGAAGUUUCGCCUAAACAGAGAAAAGUGUUAUAAGUUUAUGGACUCUAUUUUAUCUCACCAACCCUUACCACUUCUUCAAGUUAAUCUAGCAAAACCACACGUGUUUCUGCAAAUAAUCAAUCAAAACCAACGUUAAGUUAUUUUCAUUUUCAUGUUUGUUCCAGUUCAUCAAGCUGUUGUCUUUUAAUUACUCCCUUUGCCAAAGGCUACAUAGUCCAAAUACACCUUUAGGUAUGUAGGAAACACAAAACGCCUUUCUGAAAGUGCCCACAAAAUUGUCCAUUAAAACAAUCUGGCAUUCCUUUCACUGUGGUUCUUACUAAUUUGAUUCUCCUUCUACUUUAUUUUCUCUUAGAAGGCUGUUCUGUGUGAUUUCCAGUCAUUUCUCCUAGGCUCAUUAAAGUUAUGAAUGUUGGAAGCUUUUUUUCCCCCACCUUGUUAAUACGUGCAAUGACAACGUAGAUUGCACUGCAUCAGAAAUGUGUGAUCGUUCCUGCUUAGGUUCAGCUUUUCACACUGUUUCUGUUGAAACAUUUUACAAGUCACUUGUCUUUCUUCUAACUUGAUACAAAAGAAAUAUUUAAGCUUGUUACAUUUUGUAAAAAAAAAAAAAAACACAAACAAAAACAAAUUAAGAAAAAAUAAGAGGUUGAUUUUCUAUUCAGAAAAAAAGCUCUGAUAUACAAUAUGUAGAAUUAUUGAACUGUUACUGUAAACUUUCUAGUAGUGUAAUAGCCACUGAUUAUCCGUCAAUAAAAAUGAGAACUGUUAUUGCUCUUAUCUCCUGACUAGUACUGCUGAACUGAAAGCACAGAUAUCACUCCAGUUUUGUAGACCUCAACUAUGGGAUUUUAGCGUUGUCUGUAUGGGUUUUUUUCUAACAUAAAAACUGUAGAAGCCUUUCACAUAAUAAUUAAAAAAAUUAGGGGCUUAAAAAAAUGUACAGUAGGACUCCGUGUGUGCAGCAUUCAAUUUAAACAAAUUUUGUUUGAUUGCAUUUUUAGAUUUCCUUUGUUGUUUUUGUUUGCUGUGGAAUUAUGAAAAAGCUACCAUGAAUAUUUCUUACCAAAGUCUUGUGUAGAUGUUUUGUAGCUGUCUGGCUAACACAUCAUCAUCAUCAUCAUCAUCAUCAUCAUCAUCAUCAUCAUCAUCAUUAUUAUUAUUAUUAUUAUUUUGGAAUAAAGACAUCUUUACUAUGAAAUUUA